UUGGAUUAAUUAAUAAAGGUGUAAAAUAACAUGAUAUAAUCCGACAUUUUUAAGUCCGACUUAACAUAUAUGUAAUUGGCGGGUAGAUAGCGUCUUUUUUUUCCCGCCACAAUUCAGCGAACGAACUCAAGAUGUCAGCAUCGAAAAAGUUGAAGCUAGAAGAGGAUAAAACAACUGUAUCGGGUUUCGUCCAAAACGUUUCUCCCAUUCGCACGAGUAGGACGAAUUCUCGGUACUUCAAUGCAGUCGUUCAAACCAAAAGAAAUGAGUUUAACAGAAUCGCCUGUUUCGAUGUUUCAAAACACUCAGUACUUACGGAUGCUAGUCGAGCACAAACCCCCCUUAAAUUGUCGGAUGUACAACUAGUACCGAGCAGGAUUGACUCUUCAAAAUCUGAAGUUUUGUUAAACUACAAAACCAAGAUAGAAGUGUGUAGAACUCUGGACUUUAACUACAAAAAAUCUCCAGACGACGAUGACAAGACGGGUGAAAAAGUCAAAACCCUUGCAGAAGUCCAAGCCACCCCGGAACACAACAAGGUUGCUGUAGAGGUCAGAGUCUUGUCAGUGUCUCAACAAACGGUACAAGUAGUGAGGGAAUCGCCCAUAAAACGCCAAGAAAUUACAGUUGCUGAUUCUACCGCUGCAAUGAAGCUCACCAUUUGGGAAGAUUUGGUAUCCAAACUGGAAGUUGACAAAAGCUACAAGAUCCUUCACUUAUCCACAAGACUCUUCCAAAAUGCAAAAUCAAUUACCUCUACAAAACAGACGACCAUUUCACAGAUUCCUGACAUCAUCAACUGUGCGCCAGCGAUAGACUCUGAUGUAAUCACAAAGGAAGGCAAAAUCACCCAAGCAGGACUUACACUUAGUUACCUGUGCGACAAUUGUAAAUCAAAAGUUGAUUUCAGUAAUCAAAAGUUUGUCAGAUGCCAGUCUUGCAAACUAAAAAUGACCAAAGAGUCACUGCACAGGUCCAUCAGCGGAACCUUGUGUUUCUCGUCUGGAUAUGAAAAAUACAAACUCACUAUUUUUUCUUCAGUCUUGUUAACAUUAGCAACGACAAACAAUCUAGAUUCAGAUGACAGUGAGGUACUUGAAGAAUAUUUGCUGUCAAAUUCGUUCAAAAUCUCUUUCUCGCAAGACAACAAAACUGUGUUAGACAUCAAACUUUUCGUUCCAAACACGUGAAUCAAAAUGCUCAUUUUGUUUUGCACAGUUUAGCUAGAACUUUUGCAUUUUGAUAUUAAUCAUGUUACUUUUAACUUUACUUUGUUGUCCAUAUUUGUUCAACAUCUUCAUACAUGCUCUAAAAUUUGUUCAAGAUGUUAUUCGAACGGGACAACAGAACUUUGUUUUGCAUACUAUUGCUUAAACUGGAUUUUAGUAUUGUUCAUGUUAAAUUAUGACAUAACUUUGUUGUUCCUUAUCUAUCCAACAACUUCAUAUUUGUUGUGAAAUUCACUCAAUUUAUCAUUUACACAGGACAGCAAAACUGUUGGACAUCAAACUAUUAAUAUAGAAUCUGUAACUCAAAUUGCUUUAUUUGUUUUCAUAAUAUUACUAGAACUGUCCAUUUUGGUAUUAUUCAUGUGAAAUUGUUUUUAAAUUUCUUUUUUUCCCCUUAUAUGUACGGCAAUUAUUUUUA